AUGACUCAUCAGAGAGGUUCCAUUAUCAGUGUCUGGAAUUGGUACAGCUACAAGAUACCUAGUGAACCCGUCCUGUACAGUGAGAAUGUGUCUGCAGACAAUCCCUUUAUAUCUGCAGGGAGUCAACGGACCUACUGUAUCCAGGCAUGGCAAGGGGAUCCUGGUAUUGUAAGGACCAGUCAGGAGGUCAAAUACAGGACUAUAAUAGAGCUGACAGAACGGGAUGGAUUUACAGCUGCUGAAUUCUGUAGUUCAUGUUUAAUAAGGAAACCAUUGAGAUCCAAACACUGCUCAGUUUGCGAUAAAUGUAUUUCAAGGUUUGACCAUCACUGCCCCUGGGUUGGCAACUGUAUUGGAGAAAAGAAUCAUUCCUAUUUUCUGGGUUAUCUUAUCUUCCUCUCAUGUUUAGCGAUUACUAGUGCAUACGGGUGUAUCGUUUACAUAUCAGAGGCCUGUGUUUACCCUGUCUCUGAUGGGUGGUAUGAGUAUGUAAAAGCUGGUGCCCUGUGUUCCCCCUGGGUAACAUGGAUUCUGAUGAACAUGAUCUUUCAUGCUUUCUGGGUAUCAUGUCUCACAGUCUGCCAGCUAUAUCAGGUGAUGUACCUGGCUAUGACAACUAAUGAACGAAUGAAUACGGGACGAUAUAAACAUUUCCACGGAAAGCGGGGGGAAAUCAAAUCUCCUUUCCACAAGGGAGUUCUUCAGAACCUCGUUGAUGUGGCAGGUUGGAACAUCUUGGGGAUCAUUCGUCCAUCAAGAACAGAUUGGAGCAAGAAAUUCCAGAUGGAAGAUGAACCAUUGCUGGGUUCCCAGUACACCGUUUAACUUUUUUUUCAUUCAUGUUGAUUAAAUUGAUUAAUAGCUCAAUGUACAGUUGGUGCCAGAAUAUUCUGGAACGGAAGACGACCCAAGAUAAAAUGAUUAAUAUUGCCGCGGAUCGAGUUGUAUACUGUAUUUACUAAUUAUAAAUUUCAAAAUUUUGUUAAAGGGGGAAGUUUUGAUUUUUGUUUUGAUUACGAUGAAACCAUUUUUCAUAAAAUCGUCUUUGAAUUCCAGUCAUUCUGGGGACUACUGUAUUUGUUAUGGAGCUUUGUGUGAUAAUAAUUAAUUGUAGCAUCUUACAAAAUUACUAUGAUUUUUAAAUUUAUUGUGUUUUCUCUCUCUAUUUUUUCAGCUUAGGCUUUUAAAUUUACAAAGAUUGUUUUUAUCAAAGUUGUUUAAAAUACGACGAAAUUGAUAUGAUUACUUAUAAA